AUGGAAGAAUCGACUAAGGCUAUUAUUACUUCGGAAAAUUUCGAUCAGUACCAGCAAGAUGCAAUUAAAACAAUAGCUUCUUAUGUUCAGAAACAAAGGCUCGCGUUACCUCGUGGGGAAGUUAAGUUUUAUCGUACGGUGGAUCCCGCGUUGGCAGGUACCUUGGACGUGUUAUCAAGAAGAAUCAAAACCAAAUUAAAUCAACUGAUCGCGAACGUUGAUCUACCGGGUUGCGAGCAGCUUGGCGGGGUAACUGACGCCAAAGAAGUUGAUGUUUGGUACAAAGAAAUAAUUGCACUGAAUGAUUCGUUGCUUGACGGCGCGAAUAUCUCAUUGGAUGAAUUUACCGGUCGAAGUCAAAAAUUUGCCGCAUCUAGUGCCACUCAACUAGCACCUACCAUUGGAAAAGUGAAGGCCAAAUCGGGACCGGUCAAUGUUGUUUAUUCUCGGGUCAUAGGUCGCCCGCAGAUUAAGUUUAAGGAUAAAAUUGACAACUCUGGAGCACCGUUCAUUCCGAAACUUCCAAAUAAACCAAAUGAGAUAGUACCACUCAAAGUGAAGAGCGGUUCUCAUCCUUACCAACAUGAAAUAAUGAAUAUCAAGUAUCCAAGUUUUAUGUUCGAAAUGAAACCACCCAUAAUGUAUCCACCCAUUGAAACCACCUCGCUCACCUGGGUUGAUACAUUGGAGGAAUUGUCUGCCAUGUGUAAGAAAUUAGAGGUUUCACAGGAGUUUGCAGUCGAUCUUGAGCACCACGAUUAUCGAUCGUACCAAGGAUUUACCUGUCUCAUGCAAAUUAGCACACGGGACGAGGAUUUUAUCGUUGAUACAUUGGAAUUAAGAAACUCUUUACAUGUUCUUAAUAAUUUCUUCACCAACCCAAAUGUGGUAAAGGUCUUUCACGGAGCGGAUUAUGACAUUCAAUGGUUACAAAAAGAUUUUGGUGUUUAUGUUGUCAACUUAUUUGAUACAGGUGUAGCUUCUCACCUUUUAGGAUUGCCCCAACAUUCACUGGCUUAUUUACUGAAAUAUUAUUGUGAUGUGGAAACUGACAAAAAAUAUCAGUUGGCAGAUUGGCGAUUGAGGCCCCUCACAGAAGAAAUGAUACUUUACGCGCGUACCGAUACGCAUUACCUGCUUUAUAUAUAUGACCGCAUGCGUAAUGACCUAAUUUUAAAAUCCGAUACUGUGACUUUAAAUCGCUUGCAAGUAACCCUGGAUCGUUCUGCUGAGGUGUCUCUCAGAGUUUAUGAGACAUUUGGAUAUGAUAAAACUGGGAAGGGACCGGGAGGCUAUCAGAAAUUAUUAGGCAAAUGGGGAACUUCGUUGGAUAAGCAACAGUUGUCGGUAUUCAAAGCUCUUCACGAAUGGAGAGAUAGUACUGCAAGAUUAGAGGAUGAGAGCAUCGGAUACGUACUUCCGAACGAUAUGCUCAUUCUUCUUUCUGAACAAAUGCCAGAUGAUCCAAAAGAAAUCGGAAAAUGCCUUCGGGGAUAUGUUCCUCCGCUCGUGCGAGAACAUGCUCUCGAAUUAGUGAUGUUGAUUGCAGAGGCUAAAGAAAAAGCUACCUCUUCAUCAGAUCAGAUUUCUCCAUCUCAAAGUAAAAUGGUCGUAAGAAAGAUGGAAGGUGUCGAACUAAUUACCGAAAGUAAAGAUGUCAAGUGGGUUUUGGAUUCGUCAGGACCGAUAAACCACGCAGAUCUGAUCCGUGCCAAAGAUUCAAUUUUGUUUGGAAAUUCGUUAAAUAAGAGUGCCACCUCGAAUGAAGUAUCAUGGAACAAGGCAGCUGAGAUAUACUCCAGCCUUACAUUCUCGUUACCGAUACUUCCUAAAACCAUAACACCCGCGCUCGAAGCUGACAUUAAAACCGAGUUAGUAGUAGAACAAUCUCACGAAGAAAUUCUUUAUGUUCCAGCAGAAGAAAGAAGUACCAAGUCGAAAGGAAAACAACGAGAAAUUGUGGAUUUAUCAAAGUCAUCUAAAAAGCGCCAAAGGCAGGACGACGAUGAGGAUGCCGAAGCAAACGACAUGGAUGUCAAAUCUGAUAACACAGAACAUAAAAAGGAAAUUUUAAUUAAGGAUGUUGAUACAGUAAUGCAAGAAGAAUCCUCAUCGAGAAGCUCUGUUGGACAUGUUGAGUCCGUUUUAGAAAACAAAGGUCUUUCCGGGAAAAGACAAAGAAAGAAGAAAAAAGAUAAAUAUAGUAGUAAAAUUAACGAGGAAGUAAGUGACAUCGUGGAUCACACACAGCUGCCGUCCUCUUUAAUGUCUGUGAUAUCGACUAGCGAAUCGUCCACGUCGCGAACCGAGAAAUCAAAAUCCGAGACCAAGCGAAGUUCGACUAUCAUCGCGUCAACAUCGACGACUCAUAAAGAACAGCCCUUUAACCCAUAUGGUAAAAUUAUCGACGACGAAAAGUUUCAAAAAAAAGAUCCACGUCUACCAACUGCUCCAUCAUCAGGAAAUCGUAGUACUAGUAUUAACAAGUGA